AUGAACAACUCCGAUGAGGAAAAAAACGUGAAGGGGGGGGUGGCACAAGUGCCAUCCCCAUCGUCAGUGUCAUCAGACAAUUCAAGCGGUUCUUAUUAUAAAAACAAAUUUCGUUUCAAAAAGAAUUCGAUCGAAAUAAAAAAAAAAAGUUUACUAAAAAAUAAGUUAAAGAGUGACGAUAUGCAAACAAUAAUUAAAAAGGUUCCUACUCGGAGUAAUACGAAAAAUAAAACUAUCCAAGAUAUGGGUGAAAUAUUCUGUCUUGUUAAUAAUAAAGAAAAUAAACAAAAAGAAAACGAACAAAUGAAUGAGAAAACAGAAAUAAAAAGUGUAAGAUGUAACAAAACAAAGGGUGUCAAAAAUCAUAAAAAGAGUGUGCUAUUUUUAAAAGGAAAACCUGUACAAAAGGACUCAAAGAACAAGGUCAAUAUCGGGGAACAGCAGUUAGGGGAAGAAAAAUAUGGUAAAACAGACAGCGAAGAAGAGACGGAAGAGAAACAUACUGACCAUGGACAAGUUCCUAACAAUGAUAAUGGCGUGAACGUUGAGGAGACUCAUAACGACGAGACUCCACCAAACAACAGGCUUCACAAGAAACACAAGCAGAAAAACGAAAAACGUGAAGACAAGAACGUAUCAAUGAAUAGUGAUAAGAACAAAACAUAUGGAACAACUUACAUAAAAUAUGAAAAAGAAAAAAAAAAACAGCAGAUAAUUAGCAAAGACGGAAAAAAGUGCAUCCAAAAUAGCUUACAUAACAGUAAUGAGAAUAUUAAAGUUUUAAACUCUUCAAAUGAAGUUGUAAAAAGCAAUGAAAAACCACGAAUUCUCAUGAUAAAUGAAAAACAAACAAACAGACAAAUAAUCAAGAAAGAAUUAAGUCAAUCAUCUAAUUACGUAUCGCCCCUGGAGCUAAUUAAAAAGCACGGAAGACUGAAUAACAAUAAUAACUGUAAGAAUAAUAAUAUUAACUGUAAGAAUAACAAUAAUAACUGUAAGAAUAACAAUAAUAACUGUAAGAAUAACAAUAAUAACUGUAAGAAUAACAAUAAUAACUGUAAUAAUAACAAUGAGAACAACAAUAACAAUAACGUGCUUAACUACUUUAUAAACCGCAUUGAAGAAAUAUUCCUAAGCAAUAGUCAAGAAAUUGAAAAUAUUCGAAACGACUUUUCCUCUUUGAAAAAGGACCUCAAUAACAUUAGCACCUUGAUGAACAUGGGCCAUAAGGCCGUUGCUUCUUUAAAAUGA